UAUUUCUACUUCUACGAAUAUAUCCUUUUAUUAUCCUAUUAUCUUAUAUUAUCAAUUAUUAUCAUAUAUAAUAUGUCAAAUUGAUUGGUUCAUAGAUACACAGAGUGGUAACAAGCGGUACCACUGCUAUUUGCUAAGCGUUGAAUUCUUCGUUUAAGAAGUUUUCCGUCAUCCUUUUGAUCAUAUAUAUAUAUUCUAAGGACGUUCUAUGUGAAUUUAUUACGUCGUCAAAAUGAACGAACUAUUAGCAAACGUUGAAAUUAGUAAGACAGAUCAACGUUGCAUGGCUGUCUUGAUUGUCGUCGAAUGAUCAGGACGUUAAAUUUAUAUUGUAAGGGACUUGGUAUCGUAGCUCGUGGUAGGGAUGUGUUGAAAUUAGAUCAACUUGUCAGUGUUUCAUACGAACGAUUGUGCGUGUACUUUUGAGAUGUUCGAACCGACGGAGCAGGGAAUGGAUCUCUGCAUCUACGCAGGGGUUGUACUUCGUAGAUCUAAUAGCAAAGAAGAUGAAGUUCACAGCUCUGGCACUCUGAACAUUGUAGAAUAUAGUUUUGGAAAGUGCAUAGAAUGGAAACCUGUAGAAGAUUCAGUCGUGUUAGAGAAUCAGGAUCAAGAUCCGGAAUGGUCUUUAGUAGAUACCCAUACAAGAAGAACUCGUACAUCUUCCGAUGGUCCAGAUUCUCUUGGACGUUCGAGAAUCGUUAGAAUAUUAUUCUCUGACUUAAAGUCAUUUCGUGUAAAUCAUGGAGGACAGCAGCUUAUAUUUAUACAAAGGGAUGGUACCACCUAUGUUGCCUUCUUCCAAUUGUCGAAAGCUGAAACUUUUACUAAUUCUUUAAAGAAUUUUAUUAACUUUAGAAGAUCACCGAAAGACAAAAAUUUGUAUCAUGUAUUGGAUGAGGUUGAAACUGUUUUAAACAAAUCAUUCGCAGAAUUGAAUUUAUUUCAAGAAAAUACUUCGGAUUAUGUAUGGAAAUUUAUGAAGAAUUUACACAACCGUCCAUAUGAGACUACGCUAGAAGCAUUUAGCAAAUUAGCGGACAUUUGGUUAUAUAAAGAACCAGCAAGAAGACCGGUUGAAGAAGCAGUAGCAGAUUUGUUUAACUCUUCCUUUACGAUUGAUGUCCAUCAUCCACCAGUAUCUGUUGGAUCAGGGGAUGAGUAUGAAGUAAUAGGAGAAACGGAUAUAGGUUUAUCAUUACCAUCGAGACCUCCUUGUCCAAGAGGCUCACCUUUAACACAAGAACAAUGGGACAAAAGUAAGGAUUCAGAAGGAAGAAUUGUUGAUUCAGAUGCCGUUAAAGAAAUCAUAUUUCGUGGGGGUAUAUCUCCGUCCUUACGUUAUGAGGUCUGGAAGUUUUUAUUAAAUUAUUAUCCAUGGAAUUCAAGUCACAUUGAAAGAUUGGAAAUAAGAAAAAAGAAGGCUGAUGAAUACUUCAAUAUGAAACUUCAAUGGCGAUCCAUGACACCAUCACAAGAAAAUCGUUUUGCAGAUUUUCGUGAUAGGAAAAGCUUGAUAGAGAAAGAUGUGAACAGAACAGAUAGGACACAUCCUUAUUAUUCAGGCGACAAUAAUCAUUUAGAAUUAUUAUACGACAUACUCAUGACAUAUGUUAUGUACAAUUUUGAUUUAGGGUAUGUUCAAGGUAUGAGCGAUCUGCUCAGUCCUAUUUUAUGUUUGAUGGAUAGUGAAUCAGAUGCAUUUUGGUGUUUUGUUGGUUUUAUGGAUAAAGUGAGUACAAAUUUUGAAAUGGAUCAAACUGGAAUGAAAGCACAGCUAUGUCAUUUAUAUACUCUAUUAAAUACUACUGAUCGACAAUUAGCACACUAUUUAAAUCAACAUGAUUCUGGGAAUAUGUUUUUCUGUUUUCGUUGGUUAUUAGUAUUGUUCAAAAGAGAAUUUAAUUCAAUCGAUAUAAUGAAACUGUGGGAGAUUUUAUGGACUGGCUUACCAUGCCCCAAUUUUCAUUUAUUGAUAUGUGUGGCUAUAUUAGAUACAGAAAAAAAUGUAUUGAUGGAAAAUAAUUUUGGCUUUACGGAAAUACUCAAACAUAUAAAUGAUCUUUCUUUACACAUUGAACUACCAUGGACACUUUCUAAAGCAGAAGGUAUUUUCCAUCAAUUAAUGGCAGUAGAAGACAAACUGUCUGACAAUGUGCGUGUUAUUAUUGGUCUAGAACCUCGAAAACGAAUAGAUGGAAGUGAUAUAGAAGAUGAUGAACCUUCUAGUUCUUGUGCUAGAACAAGAUUGUGCUCAAGACGAAACAGUUCAGAAAGUGGAAAUAUCAAGUUUGGUAGUAAUGAAGUGUCUUUUGAAAGAGGUCUGAAUUUGUCAUAUCUAUGAGAUCAGGAUUGGUCUUUUGUCACAAUUUUGUGAUCAUAAAGAUCUAUAUAAAAAAAGAAAAAAAAAAAAAAAAAGAAAAAAAAGAAAAGAACUCUAGGCUGCUAAUAUCGUGCACAGAAGAAUUCUUAUAUUAUCAUUUCUCUCUCUCUCUCUCUCUCUCUCUCUCUCUCUCUCUCUCUCUCUCUCUCUCUAUCUUUCUUUUUAUUUUUUUUUUCUUUUUUUUUUUCUAAACAUGUCACGAUCUCGUGUUCAGCUUUCAACGAAAUUAGAUUGCACACAAAAAGCGAAGCUUUGAUGUAAAAUAAAAAAAAAUAAUGCGAGUGUUUAUCUCCGAUCGUUUAUCAUUGGUAUAUCCUAUUUGUGAGAAAAAUGAGAAAAAGUAAAAAAAGAAAAAAAAAAAGAAAAAAAAAAAGAAAAAAAAAGAAAGAAAAAAAAAAAAAGAAAGAUCAUUUCUUCUCAAAUUUUCAAUUUUGUCAUAAGUGUAAAUGUAAAAGGUUUAUAUAAUAUUUGCAAGAAACAGCAAAA